AUGCCUUUGGUCAAUCCUUUAGUCUCAUCAAAAAAUCCCAGACAAGCAGAACGUAAGCCGCUAUAUAGGGAAGCAAAUGAAAGUACUGUGCAUAUUAGACGUAGCGAUGAAAGUUUGUCUCUGGUUGAAUCGAGUUAUUUAUCUGGUAAAAGCAUUGAUAACAAUCCAGUGAUAUCAAAACGUGUUCAAGCAUUGGAUUCAUUUCGAGGACUUGCUAAUAAGGUGAUGAUAUUUGUCAACUAUGAUGGCGGUGGCUAUUGGUUUUUUCAUCAUGCAAGUAAGUCAUCUGAGAGAUUUUCCUUUGUACAGUUGACUAUAUAGUUCUUCAAUUUGGAAUGGAUGGAAUCUUGCUGAUGUUCCCUUUCCUUGGUUCGUAUGGCUGAUCGGAUUUGCGAUUGUUCUCUCAGAACGAUCAUUGCGCGCAAAAAAGUUCGAAAGCGAAGUAUUCUAUUAAAGAUUGUCGACGAACAGUCAUACUUUUCUUGCUUGGUAAAAAUAAGACUAUUGUUUGCUGUUCAACAUCGUCUUCUUCACAUUUAUGUUUCACUCGCAAUCGAGAUAGACCAAUGUUGGAAGAUAUUAAAAUCCUCGGUGUUCUCCAGCUAUUAGCCUUGUGUUAUUUUUUUACGCUCAUUUGAUUUCUGCAAGCAGAUUGAUCCAGGCAAAAAGCUCAUUGGAAUUGCUUUUCGUUUCAAGAAAGCAUUCGACACCGUUCCUCAUCAAAUAUUAUUAAAGAAAUUACCAGAGGCUAGUGCUACUGGUCCUUCGCAAGCUCUUUUUUUCAUACUUGACAAAGCCAAAUCAGCAAGUUUUAGUGUUGGCGAAAUCUUUUUGUCAAAUGUUCAUGCAGCAUGACGGAUGCCUUAAGACAUCCCUUAAGGCUUCUUUCGAAGCUCGGUCUUAGACCAGGUUUGCUGAUGAAUCUGAUGUUAAAAUAUAAAAGAAAUAUGACUUAAGUGUGAUACAAAUUAUAGCUACUAGAGCAGAGUAGAUUCAGUAUUACACUUUCUUGAAACGAAAAGCAAUUCCAAUGAGCUCUUUGCCUGGAUCAAUCUGCUCAUAAAUUAAAUUAGUUAUAUAUCAAUUAAUGCGCCAAUUGUAUCUGAUUAAGGGUUAAACCAAAUUGCUGAGAAGAAAAAUCGUUGUUUUUAUUUUAGAAAUCGAUAAAUGACGAUAAGGAAUUUCUUCAGACACUUUAUUAGGCGUGUAGCAACAAAUGUAAGUGUUAAAACUUUGGUCAAAAAAGAUACAUUUUACAUUUAAAAUGUUUCUUUUAUCAACUGCGCCAGAAUGCAUGAAGGACGCACGCUGUCUUUUUGCUUUUUUGUCUUUCCCUUCUGUGUAUAUUCUGUGCGCUGAAGAACACUUCUGACAUACAUUUAUAUACAGAAGGGAAAGAAAAGAUGGCGUGCGUGACGCAUAUAAGUGAACAGGUGAACGCGUAUAAAGUGAACAGGAAGAAAAUACAUCGUCUUGUAUAUAGUACUGUACUAUCGUGCGGCAUGAUUCAUGCUUCCCUAGUCGAACAUCUUGGAACCAAGAUCUUGACAUCUUAGAUUUUUUCGAAAAGAUCUUGGCAAGAUCUUUGGUACAAGAUGUCAAGAUAUUUUUGUUCCUAAGAUCUUGCCC